AUGACAAAAAGUCUGACGUGAAUUUCGGAUUUUUCCAAUUUUUUCAAAACAAAAUUAAAUACCUAGAUGCGCAUAGAUGUACCUACCUAACUAAAAUACCUACUGUCUGUUAAUCUGUUUAUUAUUUUAUUACAAACAUAAAUUAUUUUACCUAUAUUACGUAUUUCAGUAAAACAAGAGUUUAUUUAUGUUCCAGAAGACAUUGUUAUUGUUUUUUUAAUGUGCGUUCAAAGCAUUACAACGUUUAUUACCUUUUCGAUAAUGCAGUUUAUGUAAAAAGGAUUUUGAACAAGGGUUCACGUUUUUGUGCGUAAAUAAAGAAUAGUAUUUAGCGUAUUUGAUAAUAUAUCAGCACUAGCAAUGCCUGUUUAUUACGAGUGGACUUCAUUGAAAACACAAAAAAAUGUUAAUCCAGUUUACCCCAGCUUUGAGGUCUCUAAUCAUCCUUUAAAAACCAAUAUUGUUUUUAUGAAAAACAGUGGAAGCACUAACAAAACUUUGAUAGAGAGCCUUAGUAAAUGGAGUUCAGCAUUUGAAGAAAUAGAUCCUCUGUUGAGGUUUGAACAAAUGAAUCUUGAAAAUGAAAUGAAUCUAGAUGAAAAAUUAGAUAAAGUUGUGAACUACACAAACUCUUGGAAUACUAGGAGAUCAGGAAUACUGAACAAAUAUACAACUGGAGAAAAACUUAGCAUUGUCAGCAGUUUUCUACCAGGGGGAGAAAAAAUUAGUUCUUUUUCAGCUCUAAUUAGACAGGUAUCUAAUCUCAAUGAGAAAGUUAAACACAGACUAGAGCAGCUAGAUGACUUUGAUGAAAGCUCAGUGAGGAAGACUAUGGGCUUGACUCAACAGGAGUAUGUGUGUAAGAUAAACAUGCUUAAUGACGAGAUAAAGAAGGCUUGGGAGACAGAGCAAAGAGUAAAAGCUUUUAAAAUUGGUAUACAAUGUUCAAAGUUGCUCUCUGAUGUGAGUGUAAUGCCAUUCUACCCAAGCAAAUUUGUACUAAUUACUGACAUAUUGGACACAUUUGGUAAUUUAGUUUUUGACAGAUUGAAGGCAAAAAGCUUUGGGCCCAAUGGAGGAAGAGUUGAAGACAUAGAUCCCACCCAGGUUCCAGAGUCAGCUAAAGAGACUUGUCAAAAUUGGUUAUACAAAAUGGCUUCUAUAAGAGAACUACUGCCAAGGCUCUACAUGGAAAUGUCACUUUUAAAAUGCUACCUUUUCUUGUCUAAAGAUGAAAUAAAACCUGCAGUGGCGAGACUCACCGCCAUGAUCCGCGGGAUAGGCAACCCGCUCGUUGCCACGUACUUACGGCUAUACUUGUGUCGUGUAGCAUCUAGAUUAUUGAGCCAAGAUAGCGAGGAAUUCUUUUACAGUAAUUUCAAAGAGUUUCUUGAAGAAUACCAACAGAUUUUCCAUCCUAUGAUGAAGAAAAAAUAUGAGACACAGCUAUUGACGCCUGAAAAAUAUCUAAGUCUGUAUGUUCCUGCCAUAGACUGGCUUUUAUUUGGCACGCUCAAUUCCAAUAAAUGUAAGCUGACGCUUUUGGAACAACUACUUCAGCAGUGCGAACAAAUCGAGAAUAGUGAAUUGCUAUUAAGCUGUUUGGUGUCAGCUUUUGAUUCUGAAAGUAUUAAUAAGAAAGCAUCCAAAAUAUUGGAAAUGAUUCAAAAGUCUUCUGAUAAAAUGGUGCUAAUAAAUGAAACGCUAACGUCCCUCGGGGAGCACCUGUGCGCGGGAGAGAGCGCGCGGCAGCUGUCGCCCGAGGUGCUGACGCAGACCUGGUGGAAGGUGGCCAGCACCCUCACGUCUCCGCUACACUUCCUUCAAGUUCUUGAACCGUGGCUCCAGUUUGCGUGCUCGCAUUUAUCUACUCAACAUGUGAAUAUAAUUCUGCGAGGGACAAUCCGAUACAUGAUCAAGUGCGGCAGACCGGCUGACGACUUCUCUGGACAUUUCCAGUUCGUUAUCAAAAGAAUGCUGAAAUCUAUUCCUGAUGUCGAAGAGCUAUUUUUAAUGGAUGCUUUUAUGCCGCUAGUGGAGUUGGUGCAGACGUCUAACGCCCGCACUCUGAUGGCCAGGACCGUGCUGUCAAAUUUCUUCUCUAGAUACAACUCUGAUCAUAUUGAGGACCACAUCGUCAUCUCCAGUUUGAUGAGGCUUUGCUGUAUAUUGCACGAUUCGAUCAACGCGGUGACUGUUGAAGACGAGUUGAAGGUGAACGCGGAGCUGAUCAACCAGCUGGUGCGCGCGGUGCACUUCCACGAGGACUUGGAGCAGCAGCUCAGCUUCUAUGUUGAGUGCCGCGCCGCCUUCAUCAAGCUGGAUGCCGUGCUCGUCACGCUGGUUCAUUGUGUGAACAAGCUGGGCACGGCGGCGGGCGGCGGGCGCUGGCUGCACCGCGCAUGCGCCGCGUACAGCUCCGUGACGGUGCCGUCGCUGCGCUGCGCCCUCACUAAGGCGCACUUGUCUCUGGUCGCCGGACAGGUCGCGCUGCUCAACAACUGCGUGGUACAGGCGGAAGCUAAUUUCAAAGCUCUUAUUGGGUUAAUACCUGAUAUUCCCGAAUACAUUUUAGAAGAUGGACAGAAAAAGCCCACGAACAUUCGAGUUGCGGGAAUCCUGAGUGACUUCUUGUCAACAUUAUUACUGUUACCGGAUAAUUUGGACAGCAACUGCAAAGCAUAUAUACUAUGUGGAUUUAUAAAAACUAUUGAAAAGAUACAUUGGAAGAAAACUGAGCCGCUCUACUAUACAACACUACUUCGUAUUCUCGAUUUACUAUGUGAAAUGACUAGAGAAAAUUAUGUUCACCAUAUUGAUUCAGUGAUCUCAAAUGAUAUGCUAUACGGAUCUGAUGCGGAAUUCCUAGAAGCUAUCGACAAAUACGCCACAAACAUAUGUCAGGAGUUACUAGUUGUACUGAAAAUGUUGGGUGACGCGAAGGAAACGAAGAAGCAAUACCACUUGGCUCUGGAACUGUUCUGGCGAGUGGUGAGGAGGGGGGACCUGACCCGAGCGCCCAUGUUGAGUCUCGCCAACAAUUUGUGGAUGCUCUCGCAAAAGUUACAAGACUCUAAUAAUAGGCUAGCGAAAUCAAUUCUAUCGACGUUAGAAAAGGAUCCUUCGAUGAAACCAUUAAUGCAGAAACUAGAAGCUCAAAUUGAUAAUAUAGCAACUUAAGUUAUACGUCGCCAUAGUAGUAUUUAAUUGUUUAUAGUGUAAAAAUUAUGUAAUGCAUUUAUCACAUAUUUAAGUAGCAGUACUAUAAUUUAUUAUUUUUGUAUAUAAUUGCAAUAAACUAUUUCACAUAA